UGCUUCUAAAAGAAAACCAGCUAAUGUUGCAACUUUAAACAAACAAUCACCAUUACCACCAAAUAAUACUAAAAAGAAUGAUAUUAAUUUAUUGAAAAUAAAGGAUAAUGAAAUCAAUAGAUACCCAUGGAAAUUGGGGAAAAAAGAAGUUCAUAAGAUGAUGAGGGGGUCAAUCACUAAUUUAGAUUUAAAUG